GGGAGCAUGGCCAGGAGGACGGAGCCUUGUCUCCGAAGGAAGAAACGGCAGCCCAGCAGCAGCCACGGAGGCUGGGGGACAGGCAAGGCAAGGACAGCAAGCACUUUCUCUCCUUCCCUCCGAUAUGCAACAAACACAGGAGAUUAUUUAAUAUUUUCUACAAGAACUACAAUAUACUUGGAAUUUGAAGGAACCACAUUUAGGGAAUGGAAUAUUCCUCCAUUAUGUACCGUUGGUGAUAAAACUAUGCAAAGAACAACGCUGCAUUGUUCAGUUCCUGGAACUCAUCAGAUAGGACCAGUUGUUACAGUUCCGUCACCUGAUGACGAGGAACGCUUCUUAUCUAUAAUUGCAGAUGUGAAUUGUUUCAUGUGGUAUAUUCACCAAGAUGUACACAGAUUGUCAAAAAAGUUUUCAGUUCAGCAUCUCCAUGCAUGGAUAUUUGACCCAGAAAAUGCAGAAGGUUCUGAAAUUAACCACACUGCAACAUCACCACCAAUAUAUUCUAAGACCCUUAGCAAGCAGUUCUGGAAUUGGGGAGAGUCACCAACUAUUUCGACAUUUUUUGGACAAAAAAUGUAUACUGCUCCAUUGUACAACGAUGGAAUCUGGACACAUCGAGUGCCUACCUUAUCAAAUGAUAACAUUGCAAUGAUCUUUGGAAAAGCAGUUACUUUUCAGGACUGCUUUAUUCUUGAUACUCCUUUUGUUAUUGCCCAGCCUGUACAACACUUAAGUAAUCCAGCGUACAUUCCUGUCACUUCUCCACCUGGCAGUCUUGCUCAAGUGACAUGGGCAGCAUGUUUUCCACUCACAGCCGUUUUAGUAACAGAUUUUGGCAUUUUCUUUACAAGUGAUGGAUUCUUAAAUACAGAAAUAAUCAAAAUACCAGCAAAAAUUCUAAAUACUACCUUAUAUAACAGCGUAAAUGAUGUGGCGAUAGCAUUUCCAAAUGUUUUCAUUUUGAUAGGGGAUAUGCUUUAUAAGGCAAGUGAAUAUGAAAUUAUCAAAAUUGGAAGCGGUCAUAAUGUUCCAGAUUCAAAAAUAAUUGGAGUACAGGCAAAAACCUGGUGUUCAGCUGAAUAUCCAUCAAUUGAUCGACCAUUAAGUGAUUUACUUAUAUGGACAGCUGAAGAAAUUAUUAGAGGAUUUCCUAAUAAUUUCUUUAUUCCAUUAGUAGAUAUGGGACUGCUAAAGGAAAGACUAAAUUUUCGAAGAAAUUUGCAACUAAUAAUAAUCACUGCUUGCUAUGACUCACUCACUACUGUAAUUGCAGUGCUGGUACAGUGUACUGGGUGCCUGGCCACUGAUAUAUUAUAUUUAGUUUUCUAUAAUGAAGCUUCAGAUUCAUGGACCUUAGGAGACUUUUCCUUGGCUCCAUCUGCAACUGGACAUAUGUCUAUGGAAGUUUUGAGCUCAGCAAGAAAAUCCAUGGUGUUUUGGGACAACGAUUUAAUUUUCUAUAGUUAUAAAGAAAACACAGACCAUGGUUUUCUUAAAAUCUCUGGAACAACCAUACCAUUUUCAGCUGCAGCUGAAAGAUCUGCUAUUCAUCAAAUUAUAAUUGAUUAUGGUGGAAACGCUGUCAUAAAACUCAAUAAUAAUGUCUUGUAUUUUUUCAAAUUUGAAAUGAAUGAUGUUGUGAAACUUCCUGCAUGGCAAAAUCCAACCAGACAUUUUGUUUUUUAUUUGAAUCCUGCUGGUGACCUGUACAUACUUUCCAUUGAUGCUCGGGUUGUACAACGUGCAGUCUACCCAUUGAAAUUGGAAGUGUCUAGUGCUGCAUGGAAAUUAGGAGAAGUUUGUCCAUACAUAUCAUUUCACCAUAAUAUGAAUCAAAAUAUUUAUUAUCUAGAUAUGGGGGACAGUGUAGCCUUUUGGGCUCAAAUAGUGUUUUUGGAAAAUCUGGGUUUAUCUGUAGAUAUUGAAGUCUUUAAUGGAAAUUUGCUAAAGAAAGAUACCUACCUUCAUUAUGAAAUAGCUCGUGGAAUCUGCACUAAAAACCAGACAAUCACAUUUUACCAUGAGGAGGAUUACUCAAAAGUGUUUGAUUAUGAAUCUUCAGUAAUAUUGGCGCAGGGAGUUGUGACAGUUGAAAUUCAACCAUCCUCAGCUGGAAAAACAUGUGAUAAAAAGGUCAAGCUCACUCACUUACGAGUGGGUUGCUCCCCUGAAAAAAGAAUUGAAGUUGCUGGAAAACCUACUGAAUGUGAAAAUAUUACCUUUACAAUACCUUGGAGCUCUCUGAUAAACCCAACAAAGGAGGAAGAUGUGGAAAUAAACUAUGAUAUUAAAACCUAUGGUUGUCCACUAGAGGUUGAUUAUGAAGAAACAUUUCGGCCGACAGUUCUCUUAUAUAUGGGUGAGCGAGCUAUUGGUACUGUUGAAGCAAACUACGUACUGUGGGAAAUGAAUGGCAGAAAUGACUUUAACUACAACUCAACUAUGGAACAGGUACGAUGUCUAAAUACUGCACAGACCUGGCAAAAAGCAAUUGAAAAGAUUAACCGUACAUCUUCUCUAACACCUGAUGAAGUGGAAUCACUCUGGGGACCACGUACUUUGGCGGUGGCGGCAGCAGCGGCGGCUGCGGGUGAGGCCACGGCGCACGCUGGCAUGCAGAGCAGAGCCAUGUCCUACAACGGGGAGGAGGGAUGAAAAGAUCACAUGUACAUUACACAGUACAUUACAAAGGCAUUCGACACAGUGAAUUGCAGUGCUCUUUGGACAAUCCUCCAAAAAAUCGGAUGCCCUGACAGAUUUGUGAACAUCCUGUGGCUCCUCCAUGAUGACAUGAUGACAACAGUCUUGGGCUGUAGUGCUCCCAAAGUGACCCAUUUAAGGUGGAAUCAGGUGUCCUAAGGGGAUGUGUUUUUGCCCCAACCUUAUUCUCCAUCUUCAUCACUAUAAUACUGCACCUUGUUGAUGGGAAGCUAUCCACAAGCGUGGAAAUCAUCUAUCGGACCGAUGACAAGCUAUUUAACCUCAACAGACUGGUAUUAAUUUUAAAACCAAGAUCACAACAAUAUGUUAUAGAACUUCAGUAUGCUGAUGACAACAUAGUCUGUGCUCAUUCAGAAGAAGACCUACAAGCCACUCUCAACACCUUUGCAGAAGCAUAUGAAAAACUUGGUCUCUCACUGUACAUUGAGAAAACCAAGGUGCUCUCUCAGCAGGCAUGAGCCAACCCCUCUGCAAUGCUAGAAAUACAGCUUAAUGGUGUAACAUUAGAAAAUGUUGACCAUUUCUGCUACCUUGGCUACCACCUCUCCACAAAAGUCAACAUUGACACUGAAAUACAACAACGUUUGAGCUCUGUGAGUGCAGCAUUUUCCAAAUGAAGCAGAGACUGUUUGAGGAUUGGGACAUUUGUACUAGUACCAAGAUGCUUAUUUAUAAAGCUAUUGUUCUCCCAAACCUGUUAUAUGCCUAUGAAACGCGGACUGUUAUGCCCCAGGGCAUGGUACAUGCAUCUGCCAUACUGUGUUUGAUUUGUAGUUUGGCCCUCUUGGCUUUCUGUACUCUUAGUUAUGAUGCAAUAGCUCCUCCUUUGUAGUUUGGCCCUCUUGGCUUUCUGUACCCCUAGUUAUGAUGCAAUGACUCCCCCCUUCUCUCUCUGGCCUGUACUUCUUCUGAAGAAAGAACAUGGCUGCCCAGUCUCUGGGAAACUGUCAAUUUUUUUCACCUGCUGUAGUGUGAUGUUUAACAAAAUUUGCCCCAAAUAAAGGACCUGGAAUCUUG